CUAUAUCAACACAUCUACACAAUCGCUCUCAUUAAUCCGUGCUUGUUUCUCUCACCCCCCUCAAUCGUUGACCUCAGAUGCCUCAUGACGCAGCUGUUAGCCGCAUCGCCACCGCAGUAAAAGCCUUUUACUCCCGCCAAGAGCCAUAUCGCAUCUUCCACGGCUCCACAAAUAGCACAAGACCCUACCAAAAACAAAGUGUUGUCGAUAUCAGCGCUUUAUCAAAUGUCGUCAGCAUUGAUACCACGGCCAAGACGGCUACCGUGGAGCCAAAUGUGCCUAUGGAUAAGUUGGUAGAGGCGACUCUGCAACAUGGCCUCAUCCCGCCUGUCGUGAUGGAGUUUCCUGGGAUUACUGUUGGAGGUGGCUAUGCUGGUUCAGCUGGAGAGAGUAGUUCGUUCAAGUAUGGAUAUUUUGAUCAGACGGUCAAUUCUGUGGAGGUGGUGUUGGCGAAUGGAGAUGUGGUCACUGCGUCCAAGACUGAAAGACCCGAACUGUUUAAAGGAGCUGCAGGAGCGCUUGGGACUUUGGGGAUCACGACUUUAAUUGAGCUACAGCUGAUCCAGGCAAAGAAAUACGUUAAGAUUGAAUAUCAUCGAAGGGGCAGUGUGCACGACAGCAUCGAAAAGCUUCAGCAGGAGAUCAAGGAUCCUUCCAAUGAUUAUGUGGACGGCAUCAUCUUCUCGAAGAAUCAUGGAGUCAUUAUUACUGGUCAGCUGACUGAUGAGAUACCUGAGUUGGCGCAACCUCAGACGUUCAGCAAAUCUUGGGAUCCUUGGUUCUAUCUCCACGUCAAAGACAAGACGAUUGUCGAAGCCACUUCUCCUGUCACAGACUAUAUUCCUCUGGCUGAGUACUUGUUUCGAUAUGAUCGAGGCGGUUUCUGGGUUGGUAUCGAAGCAUUCAGAUACUUCCCAUUUGUCCCCUUCAAUAAAUUCACACGCUGGUUCCUGGAUGAUUUCAUACAUACGCGAAUGCUCUACCGAGCUAUGCACGGUAGCAGGAAGGAAUUCGGAAACAUCGUUCAAGAUCUAUCAUUACCAUAUUCUACAGCCGAAAAGUUCAUCGAUUAUACAGCAGACGAGCUUGACAUCUGGCCUCUCUGGCUGUGCCCGUUACGAGAAAUGACCCCGCCGACCUUCCACCCCUAUACAACUUUACCCGGACCAGACGAAACUUCCAAGCCGAUGCUCAAUAUCGGGCUUUGGGGUCGAGCAUCGGAUGAUCUCGACACAUUUGUCGCUCAAAAUAGAAGGCUGGAAAGCAAGCUCACAGAACUCGGCGGACGAAAGGUUCUGUACUCACACACCUACUACACCGAAGCGGAGUUCUGGUCUUUGUACGACAAAAAAUGGUACGAUGAACUACGAGAACGAUACUCGGCUUCGAGUCUCCUCACUGUGUAUGAUAAAGUGAAAGUUGAUGUGGCGAAGCAUAAGCAAACGCGGUUAUCGUGGACGCAGAGGUUGGCUUCCAUGUGGCCGUUUGCCGGGAUGAUUGGGAUCUGGGGCGCGAUACGGAGUAAGGAUUAUUUGCUGCAUAGGCAUGCUGCUUGGAGGUAUAGGGGGACGAUUGAGAAGAAAGAUACACAUUUGGUUGGGGAUUCACAACUGUAGUUUGGUUUUGAUUGUAGCUACAAGGUCAUGUAUGUAUCUCAGACUAUCUCAAGGAUCAAGUCAAAUCUUCCCA